UGGCCGGCGGGAGGCCGGGGGCGGGGCGCCGUCGCCAGGGCGACCCGUGUGUUGCGGCGCGGCCGUUAGCGGGAGCUGCAGCGGCAGAGCCGCAUCUUUGACGUGCGCCGGCGGACCAUUGGGAUUGAUAAAGAUGCUUUGGAUGCCCAGAUCAAAGAGAAGAAAAUUCAAGAAGCAACAGAAAAAGCGCAAAAUGAAAAACUUGCCAAUGAAAUGAAGCAGAAUGACAAGAUCAUGUGUUUAUUAGAAGAACAGCAAAAAAAUGAUAUCCGAAAUAUAAAUAAGGCUAUUGGUGAAUUUCGGAAGAAUUUUCAGAAGCCAGAAACAAGACGUGAAUUCGACCUGUCUGAUCCCCAAGCCCUGAAGAAGGAAACUCCUGCUCGACUUUCAGACAGCGAUCCUCGAUGUAGUAUAUCUGGCUUGCAGAAGUUUAUGGGUGAAGAUUUAAACUAUGCUCAGAGGAUGAUAUUUCAAAAAGAGCAAUUAAGGGAAUGGUCUCUUCAGCAACAGAGGGACUCAAGGAAUGCAUUAGCUGAUAAAAAAAGAUCAGAUGAUCUCUAUGACAAGGAUAGGCUUGAACUUGACCGCAAGGCUAUGGAACUACAAAGAGCAGAUGAAGAAACGAGACGUGCUAUUUGUGCAGCUACUAAAGAUUUUAAUAGAGCUCAGGCUGCUGAACUGGCUGAGAGAAAAAAGCUAGAAAAGUAUCAAACAAUGAAAGAUGACAUGGCUGAAAUUUCCAGCCUUCUUCAAGGUGACUUACUCUGUGAAAACCCAGAGCAAGCAGCUAGUUCCUUUGGUAGCCAUCGUGUAAUGACAGAUCGAUGGAAGGGAAUGAGUCGGGAUCAGCUGAUGGCAAUCCGUAACUCUCAACAGCAACAAAUCCUAGAGAAACAGAGACUAAAAGAGGAAGAACACCAAAGAAAUGCCGAGUGGGACAGGCAACGUGCGCAGGCUGCCAGAGCACAGUUGCUUUUAGAGCGACAGCAGCAACGAGAGAAUCAAGAGUGGCGCCGAGCUGUAGAUAGCGUCAAUGCAGAGCUGUCUCAGGAGCAGAAAUCAAAGAACAUACGUCUUAAAGAAGAAGAAUAUUCAAAUGUUCCAACAGCAGAGUAUUAUGCACAGUUUAAUACAACCAGCAGAUAA